CUAUACCUUCUGAUCUCUUUUGAAGGCAACCAAAAGGAGAUUGGCGCGUCCUUGGCCUAUGCUUUUGGCUCCGCAGCCCUUUCCUCGUCCGACCAACUGACCUCUCCGCCAAGUCUGUCGGCCACCACAACCGGCAGCCUCGGUUACGCAUCAUUACAGCCGCAUUCUCCAGAAUCCCGGCCCGGCUCUCCGCUCUGUUUAUCGAGGCUGGCGACCUCCUCGCCGCGCCUCCUCGUCUCGCCGAACAGUCGACACCGACCAUCGCUGUCGGAUCAACUCGGCGUCGAGAAGGCAUGUGAAGAGGCGCAGGUGAGUCCUGUCAGUUGCGAGGUCACAGUCUUCUGCAAUCAAGAUUGUCAAAACAUGCGUCUAAUCUGA